UGCCAUUGAAGCGCGGUCGGGAUGACGGAUUUCAAACUUUCCCUUCCGGAAGGGCAACCUCUACCUCUGUCUCGCCUCGCGGGUUCCUAAACCGUGGGAAAAAGGGGGAAACCAAUGGCGGCGGUCCUAUUCCGGCGGCUGGCCGUGUCGGGGCGGCGCGCCUCUUGGCUGCGUCCCACCUGCGGCUGCCAUCCUGCGCGCACCUUGGCUGCGAGAGGGCCAGGGCGGACGGUGUACCCGGUCACUUGGAAGAAUCUGGCACUUACCUUCGUGAUUGGAGGAGGAGUCGUAGCAGCAGUAAAACUUUUAAAGAAAAAAAAAGAAGAAGAGUUGGAGAAGGGACGGAUGAAAUCUAUUGGAAAGCCAUUGCUGGGAGGGCAUUUUUCACUUGUUGAUCACCAUGGAGAGCCCAAGACAGAUCAGGACUUCCUGGGACAGUGGGUGUUAAUCUACUUUGGUUUUACACACUGCCCUGAUAUUUGUCCAGAAGAACUGGAGAAAAUGAUUGAAGUAGUGAAUGGAAUUGAUGAAAUCCCAUCUCUGCCGAACAUCACCCCGCUCUUCAUCACCAUUGAUCCAGAGAGGGACACUAAAGAAGCUAUUGCUGCAUAUAUUAAAGAGUUUUCACCCAAGUUGAUUGGAUUGACGGGUACAAAAGAACAAAUUGAUCAGGUGGCUCGUGUCUAUCGUGUCUAUUACAGCUCUGGUCCAAAAGAUGAAGAUAAUGAUUACAUAGUAGAUCACACCAUCAUAAUGUAUCUUGUUGGGCCAGAAGGCGAAUUUGUUGAAUAUUUUGGACAAAACAAGACCAGUGAGGAAAUUAUUGGUUCAAUUUGUGGCUACAUCAGACAAUACAAAAAGAGCUAAGGGAACGAAGGUUUCCAGCUAUGAGGCCAACAAGCUGCCAACCAAGCAGGCAUGGACCACCACAAACACUGGAUCAGUUGAAUGAAAUGAUGAGCAGUUAUCAGUCUUGGAACUUUUCUUAUGCGCUUGAAUUUGUAGCUAAGACUAUAGCUGCAGGCUGAGACUCAAAAUCAAUUAAAUAAAAAGCAGGCUACUCAGAAAAAGUACUUGAUCAAACAUGUUUUUCAGAAUAUGCCUCACUUCUGUUACUUCAUCUUUGGAAGCAACACAGAGGUGGUCCUAAAGGAGUGAUAAUUACUUCUGAACAUUGGUCACAGGAGCCUUGGAAUCUUAUCCCACACAUGAAUUGUGUCCCCUUCUCCCCACUUUUUUUUUUUUGCAACAUUGAAGGCACAUGAAAAAAUGCUCAGCUGAACAGCACUGAUGGUACAACUUGUGGGACCAGUCCUCCUGGACAUCUUAGUGCUAUUUUAGUAGACUUUAGCCUCACCUCCAAACGAUAGGCUCUGCCUUUUACAUUUUUUAAAAAUGGAUGGUAUAGCUGGAGAAAUGAGACCAGUGGCCCUAUAGAUGUUGUUGGACUGCAGUUUUCAUCCGUUCCAGCUCCCACAUACAAUGCCUAGGAAUGGUAAAAAAAUUGUAAUACAGUAUGAUCUGGAGGCCAACGAUAGUUCUGUCUGUUGCUAUGACAUGGUUUUUUGGAGCACUAAGUGACCUGGUUGACUGGUGUCUUUUGUAUAUCUUUUAAAUAUAGAGAUCAUUGACGGAAAGAAUUGUAUUCAAUCUUAAUAUAUUAAAAUAAAGUGGAAGAAGUCUAGAAUCUG